AUGAGCACUACAGCUUUGGUUUCUGGAGCCUCGGGCUUCAUUGCUGCACACACAGUGCAAGAGCUCAUCAAGAACGGCUACACGGUCGUUGGAUCGGUUAGAAGCAAGGAAAAGGGAGAAUACGUCAAGCUUUCUGGAAAGCCAGAGAGCUUUUCUUACGAGAUUGUGGAGGAUAUUGCCCAGGACGGUGCUUUUGAUGAAUUUGUCGAGAAACACCAGGAAGCUACAGUCUUUUUACACACUGCCUCGCCUUUUCACUACAAUGUGACCGAUGUGGAGAAGGAACUUCUCAAGCCUGCGGUCGAUGGAACCAAGAACGCCUUACUGUCGAUUGCAAAGUAUGGUCCCAACAUCAAGAGGGUGGUUAUUACUUCCUCCUUUUUAGCCAUUGCUUCUGGAGACCAGGACCUUCAAGCCGAUCAGACAUUUGACGAAACUUCAUGGAACAACCUCACCUGGGAGCAGGCCUUGGAAAGUCCACUUAAUGGCUACAGUGCAUCGAAGGCUUUUGCAGAAAAGGCUGCAUGGGAGUUUGUCAAGGAGCAAAAGCCGGCUUUUGUGUUAUCUACGGUGAAUCCCGUUCUUGUUUUUGGACCUCAGCCUACUGACUACUUUAGCACCGAAAAGCUCAACACCUCUUCUGAGAUAAUCAACGCUGUUCUCAAGAUCAAGAGCCCUCAGGACGAAGUGACUCCUUACAAUUCCGUUGGAGUCGAUGUUCGUGAUGUUGCCAAGGCCCACCUAGUUGCUUUUGAGAAGGACGAGGCGAAAAACCAGCGUUUGUUCUUGAUCAGUGCUCUGUUCACUUUGCAGACGAUUUUGGACGUUUUGCACGAGAAGUUUCCCAAACAGACGGAAAAUGUGCCUGUAGGGAAGCCAGGUUCUGGUCAGGAGGAUAUCGAAACUAGAGCCAAGAAGAACGACGACAAGACCCGGAAGAUCUUGGGCUUUGAGUUGAUUUCCGUUGAGCAGUCUUUUGCAGAUAGUGCCAGGCAGAUCCUCCAGGUCGAGGGCAGAUUGGACAAAUGA